UGAAAAUCCAAUUUGCUUUCCUUCUUUGACUUCCCACCUCACCGUCCUUAUAAUCCUUCCCCUCCCUUCCUCUCUCCUUCUCUCUUUCACACAACACGGCAACAACAACAACGACAAUUUUAAAUUGCUCAAGAGCUUGUUCUUGUUCUUUGUUCUUGAAUUGCAAUUAGCUAGAAUUCAAUAGAAGGAGAUCGAUCGAUCGCUCGCUCGUAUGGGGAACAGUUUGGGAGGGAAGAAGAAGAAGAUCGCCAAGGUGAUGAAGGUGGACGGCACCACCCUAAGGAUGAAGCCGCCGGCGCACGCCGUCUCCGUGCUCAGGGACCACCCGGGCUACACCCUCCUCGACGCAGACGAGGUAAAGCGUCUCGGCGUCCGCGCGCCGCCGCUCGAGCCGGAGGCGCCGCUGCUCCCCGGGAGGCUCUACUUCCUGGUGGAGCUCCCCCGCGCGCCGAGCCACCGCACGCCGCGCCGCGCCUGGUCGGGCGCGCUCCAGGUCAGCGCCAAGGAACGGCUGGAGAGCCUCCGCCUCACCCGCCGCUCCUUGUCGGACCUCUCGGUCCCCGCGGGAUCCGGCGGCCAGUCGCCUAAUAUCUCCGCGGCGGAGGAGACCAAGGACGGCGGGCUCCGGCUGAAGAUGAGGCUGCCGAAGGCCGAGGUGGAGAAGCUGAUGCUGGAGAGCAAGGACGCCGCCGACGCCGCGCGGAGGAUCAUGCAGCUGUGCGCCGCCAGAGAAAGCGCGGCCCCGACGCCCUCGUCGUCGGUCAUGUCGUCGCCGGAGCCGGCGACUCCGACGCUCCGGACCCCGCGCACCCCUCGCACUCCACGCACGGAGAAGAGGACGAGGUUCGUGGCGUUGCCGGACGAGAUCAUCGCAUGAUGGUGGUGUUUCGGCAAAUCAUUAAGAUACGAUUAGUGGGUAAUGGUUAUGUAAUUAGGGUACGUAAUUGUACAAUUAUUUGGAGAAAAAAAUAUGAAUUAAAUCAAGAAAUUAAUUACUUACGGAAGAUGUGAGUGGAGAUGGAACAUGAGAAGCUGCUGGGGCGUUUCCAAUUCCCCCACGAGGAAUUAAUAUAAAAGCUAGCUGUUGCCUGUGCUUGUUGGAGUUAGAUGGUGUUUUACUACACUCAACUGUAUUGUUUGGUUGAUUUGAUGCUUCUUAUUACCGAAAAUCAAUUACUGUUAAUUAAUCAGAUUAUAUGUUAUGGGGAAAAAAUGUUCAUUUUAUUUAUUAUUAUUAA